AUGGCCCUGCGACUGCGGCGGGCCACCUAUAAGGCGGUGGCGGCGCUGCGCCGGAGGCGCGGGCGCACCGUUCCCGCCGGUUGGACUAGACGCGGUACGGCGCGGCGUGAGGCGGGCAGGCCCCACCCCCGCGGCCGGAGCCCCGCCCCCGCCGCUCUGCGCACGCGCGACCGCGGGCUGUCCGCGGAGCUGCCUGAGCCCGCGCGGGCUACCUCGGGGCUGCUCUCCUGGGGUUCCCUUCUUGCUCAGGGCUGCCAGUGCUUCCCGUCGCUCGCUGCUCUGCGGGAGCACGGGUCGCGGCGCUUUGGGCGUCUUCCUCGCAGCGCCCGCGGGCCCGGGAGCAGCGCAGGCGCGGAGCCCGGGGGGCCUCGAGUGCCAGCCCGGAAGUCCGCGCGGCCGACGGUGGCGGGAGCUGUGCGGGCGGCGUGCGCGGCCGCGUGGGCCAUGGGGCGGCGGGCGCGGGGCCGGCGGCUCCAGCAGCAGCAGCAGCAGCAGCAGCGGCCGACGCGCGCGGAGAACGGCGCCGAGGGCGGCGGCAAGCGUCAAGAGGCGGGCUGGGAAGGCGGGUACCCCGAGAUCGUCAAGGAGAACAAGCUCUUCGAGCACUACUAUCAGGAACUCAAGAUCGUGCCAGAGGGCGAGUGGGACCUGUUCAUGGAAGCGCUCAGGGAGCCCCUCCCGGCCACUUUGCGAAUUACUGGCUACAAAAGCCACGCAAAGGAGAUUCUCCACUGCUUAAAGAACAAGUAUUUCAAGGAAUUGGAAGACCUGGAGGUGGAUGGUCAGAAAGUUGAAGUUCCACAGCCCCUGAGCUG